AUGGACAGGCAUCACCGUCACCACCGCCCCGAGAUGCCCCUUCCCCUUCCCCUUCCCCUUCCCCCGCCCCAACAUCAACCCCCCGGCCCAACCUCCGCCCCAGCAGACGUCGCCGCAAGCCUCGGUGUCGGCCGCGGAGGCAGAGACGGACAGAGAACCAGACCCAGCGGACCCAGCGAACCCAGCGAGAACGCGGCGCUCAGCAGGCAGAUCUGGGAGGUCGAGGAGAGGAUGGAGCUGGAGCUGCGCGACUGGAUCCUGGGAAGCAGCGGGAACGCCGGGAGCGCGAUCGGCUCGGCUAGCGGUGACGGGGGCCUGUCGUUGUCGCGGAAGCCAGGGAUGGGGAUCCGGACGGAGCUUGACCGAGCCCUCCUUCGAGCAGCACGCUCGCAACUCCUCUCCCCGCAACACGCCACCACCACCGCCACCAUGGACCCCUUGGACCACCAGCACGGCGAGUAUUACCCUCCCCUCCCCAACACCGAAUACCCCCCCGAUCCCUACUAUGCACCUUUCGCCUCCCCCUCCACUUCGAUCCAACAGCAGCAGCAGCAACAGCAGCAGCAACAACUGCAGCAACACAACCGAACCCCCGGCUUCGUCCCCAUCUACACCCAACACCACGGCACCCCCCUCUCCCCCAUCACCCCCUUGACCCCCCUCGCCCAGCAAUAUCCCCCGUACCCGCACCCCGCAUCUUCGUCCAGCUCCCCGCAACCCCUGAAUCAAUACCCGACGUCCGACGGCGGCGACGCGGAAGCGGAAGCGGAACUCAAGCGGAUGAGGAACACGGCCGCCAGCGCCCGCUUCCGAGCCAAGAAGAAGCAGCGGGAGCAGACGCUGGAGAUGCAGGCGCGGGAAAAGAAGGAGGCGCUCGAGAAGCUGGAGAGUAGAAUUCGGGAGCUUGAGCAAGAGAAUCGGUUCUUGAAGGGCUUGAUCAUGGGCCCGAAGGCGGAGGAACUCGAGGAACUGAAGAGGCAGAGAGAUGAGGCUAUUGAGAGCGAUAGGAAAAGUCUUGAACAUAAGGAUGGAGUGGGAACGGAUUAA